UCACCAUCGAUAGACGAAGACCAGAUGAGGUUCCUAAACCCCACACACCAGUGGGGAGAAUAGGAGAUGAUUGCUUUCUUCCAACUUACAAGAUAAGGUCCAGACCACACAAUAAAUUAAGUGAUCUAGCUAGGAGCCAUGGUAUACUCAGGUUUUGGAAUUGAAACUUUCCUUUGUAUACAACUUCUGCUGCUCAUAAUCAUUGAAGCCAAUGAUCCACAAGUCGUCUGUAUAAAUGACAAGGGCAAUUACACCGCCGGUAGUGUCUACCAGAAAAACCUCUACAAGUUUCUCUCCUCCCUCGGGAAUAAUAAGAGAAGCAACGGCUAUGGCCUCUACAUGUACAACUCCUCUUUUGACCAAGAUAAUAAUGUUGCCGACAAUGUUUACGUCAUCGGGCUUUGCAGACCGGAUCUCUACCCGAAUGCUUCCCUCAGUAUCUUCAAUGAGUCUGCACACAAUCUCACUAGGGCUUGUCCAAAUCAGAAGGAGGCAGUCAUAUGGAAUGAGUAUUGCAUGGUACGUUACUCCAACCGCUCCUUUCAUGGUCUUGAGCUUUCUCCUAGUUACCACCGAUCCAGCACGAAAAACCUAUCGUCGUCGGAUAUCUAUUCGUUCAAUGAUUUUCUGGUGGAAGUGAUCGGAGGGCUGAAAAUUCAAGCAGCUGCAGGCGGUCUUCAGAAGAAGUUUGCUGUGGAAAAUAAAAGGGCGACGUAUUCCAACACUCAAUCAAUACAAGGAAUCGUGCAGUGCAUUCCAGACUUGUCGGAGGUAGACUGCAGUCGCUGCUUGGAUGAGAGUUUGAAACAGCUUCAGAAAUGUUGUUAUGGGAUGGAUUCUGGGAGAUACGGUAAUCCCAGUUGUAAUUUGAGGUAUGAUGUUUACCCCUACGAGAAUCCUGUUUCAACAGACUUUCCAACUACCCCGCCACCAGCCGAUGCGAUCAAAAUUCCACGAGGAAAAAAGAAGAGCGGCAUAUCUUCAGUGACUCGCAUGAGUCGCAUCAUGAUUGAUGUGGCAAUAGUAGUUUCCUUAUUGGUUCUAAUUAUGCCCAUCUGCAUCUAUCUGAGAGUGAGGAAUAAAAGGAAAAAAAUUGAAGAAAAACCAGAAGAAAUCCAAUCUGCUGAAGCUUUGCAAAUUAACUUUCGCUCCAUUAGAGCUGCCACAAAUAACUUUUCAGAAGCAAACAAACUUGGACGGGGAGGAUUUGGUACUGUUUACAGGGGUAUACUUCCCGAUGAUAAGGAUAUAGCGGUUAAAAGGCUUUCUAGGAACUCUGCACAAGGAGAUUUAGAGUUCAAAACAGAAGUUUCGCUUCUAGCCAGGCUUCAGCAUAAAAAUUUGGUUAGGCUUCUUGGUUUCUGCCUGGAACAAAAUGAAAAGAUUCUUGUAUAUGAGUUCGUCCCUAACGCGAGUCUUGAUCAAUUCAUAUUUGAUGAAGUCAGGCGCACACAUUUGGAUUGGGAUAUUCGCUACAAGAUCAUAGUAGGCAUUGGGAGAGGGCUCCUUUACCUUCAUGAGGAUUCUCGUCUUAAAAUCAUUCACCGUGACCUCAAAGCUAGCAACAUUCUGUUAGAUGCAGACAUGAACCCCAAGAUUGCAGAUUUUGGUAUGGCGAGAUUAUUUGAUCUCGAUCAAUCACAAGCCGAAACCACACGAGUUGUGGGAACAUAUGGAUAUAUGGCUCCAGAAUAUGUGAUGCAUGGACGGUUUUCGGUGAAAUCUGAUGUCUUCAGCUUCGGUGUCUUAAUUUUGGAAAUAGUAAGUGGAAAAAAGAAUAGUUCUUUUCGUAAUAGAGGAAACAUGGAGGAUCUUCUAAGCUAUGCAUGGAAAAAUUGGAAGGCAGAUACGGCUUCAGACAUAAUAGAUCCCAUUUUGAGUUCAGGUUCAAGAACUGAGAUGAUGAGGUGCAUCCAUAUUGGAUUGUUAUGUGUGCAACAAAACAUAUCUGAUAGGCCAUCUAUGACUUCAGUUAUUCUCAUGCUCACUGGCAACUCUCUAUCUCUUCCGGUACCCUCACAGCCAGCAUUUUUUAUGGGUGCAUCCGACACUUCAAAGGUUGUAGAAUUACAUCAAGCUCAAAGCAGUACUUCUGUCCAAAAUUCUGAAAAUGAGGCUUCCAUUACUGAACUAUCACCUCGCUAAUGUACAAAAAGGCUGCUAAUUUUUAAGGAUGGGUUCUGAUCGAUCAAUGUCUGAAAGAUGGCAACAAUUUGGUCCAGGCUAGAAUUCUAGAUGAACAAAUUUCUUAGACCAAAUCCAAGUGCCUACGUCCAUGAUAAGUGUGAUAUAUGAAUAAUAUCCAUCGACCUAAUGAUCGAUCUGGAUGAUUUUUUGUUACAGCUAUAUAUAUAUAUAUACGGUAGAGAUGUGAAAACUUCACCAAAAAGUGAGUUAAAUAACGAAUUUCACUCUGUAAUUUCAAAGUGAAGAUUCACUCUGCAUAUAGACUAAUAUAUAUUUGGCUUCACUUUUCUGUCAAUUUUUUUUCAUCUUAAGUGA